ACAAUCCACAGAGUACUUUUUUUUUUUAUAUUGGCACGCGCUCCUGGCGCAUUCAGCCAAACGAGUAAAACGGGGAAACGGAAUUAAAGGCUUACAUUAUAACGGAUAAGUCGGAAUUUGGACAAGGAUCAGGGAAAGGUAAUAUAUUAUAAUAAAUUAUAAUUUUAUAUUAUGACGUGAAAGGAAAGAAUACAAUGAUUUAAAUAUAUAUGGAGAAGAAUCAUUAAUAUACAGGAGUGUUGUAAUAGAUGUGGGAAACGGAACGUUUAAAUCUGACAGCUGUCUUAGUCGCUAGCCCUGCGCUAGCCCGAGAAAGAUGUUUUGCAUUGCAUCGUCUUAUCGGGGGCGGUAAAACAAACGAUGCGUAGAUAACCACCUCUGCGGUUAGCGACGCUUUGGCGUGGUCAAUUCAAAUCACAGAUUACUAAAAAUUCAUUCAUCAUCCAGUCGUCGUUGUGUAAAGGUGUGACUAGUGUAUCGAUUAGUUUAUCAAUUAACAUUUAAUCGCGUGUGAAAUUCGGCUGUUGGCGAUGGCGGGCUGUGGGCAGUGCGUCAAGGUGGAACCUGACUGUGACGUCAUGGAUAGUAUCGUUAAAAAGGAAGUAAUAAAUGAAGAGAUGCAUAGUGUGAAGGAGGAGACAAUGUACGACGACAAUUCCGACACGAGCGAGGCUGUGCUGGCCGAGCUGUACGCCGACCACGUGGUCAAGGACGAGCUCGUGCUGGGGCCGGAGCGCCCGCACCGUCCCGACGUCGGCUUCGUCGUGCGCGGCAUCGUUAAAAUGGAAAUGAAACUAACAGAUGAAGCGAUGCCAAGUGUGAAGGUAGAGUCAGUAUACGACGACGGUGCCGUCACGAGUGAGGCUGCGCUGGCCGAGCUGUACGCCGACCACGUGGUGAAGGACGAGCUCGUGCUGGGGCCGGAGCGCCCGCGCCGCCCCGACGUCGGCCUCGUCGUGCGCAACUGCGCGCUUGGUGACGCGGACGGCUGCCCGCGGGCUUGGGGUCGCGGCGAAUACUUGUCCAGCGAGACCACGCUAAUGCUCGCUGAACGCGCUUCGCCGCCACAGAAACACAAACAAUUCAGUGAGUUGAGUGGUGUAAAGCAACAUAAACUAAUACACAGUGGUGAAAAUCCAUAUCCAUGUGAAUAUUGUAAAAAAAAUUUUAGAAGAUUAAGUGAUUUAAGAGUACAUGAACGAUACCACACCUGCGAAAAACCAUAUCAGUGUGAAGUGUGUGAAAAAAUAUUUAGUCAACUUCGUCAUCUGAUAUCACACAAACGAUCACACACUGGCGAAGAACCAUAUCAAUGUGAAGUGUGUGAAAAAAAGUUUAAGCAUUCGGGUAAUUUAAAAAUACAUAAACGGACCCACACUGGCGAGAAACCAUAUCAAUGUGAAGUUUGUGAAGAAAAGUUUAGUCGAUCGGAUUAUUUAAAAUUACAUAAACGAUCCCACACUGGAGAGAAACCUUAUCAAUGUGAAGUGUGUGAUAAACAAUUUCGUACAUCGAGUCAAUUAAAAGUACAUAAACGUUCCCACACUGGUGAAAAACCAUAUCAAUGUGAUGUAUGUAAAAAGCAAUUUAGUGAUAUGAGUAAUAUAAAUAAACAUAAACUAAUACACACUAGCGAAAAACCAUAUCAAUGUGAAGUGUGUGAAAAAAAAUGUACAACAGUGAGUCAAUUAAAAGCACAUAAACGAACCCACACUAGCAAAAAACCAUCAAUGUGAGGUAUGUAAAAAGCAAUUUAGAAAUUUGGGUAACAUACACAAACAUAAACUAAUACACAAUAGUGAAAAACCAUAUUAAUGUGAAGUGUGUGAACAAAAAAUUAAUGAAUAAAUUCAAUUUACUUAAACGACCCUGAACUAGUGAAAAACUACAUCAAUGUGAAUUAUGUUAAGAAAGAGCUUAUACGAUUAACUAUAAACGUGUUCACACUGGUGAGAAACCAUAUCAAUGUGAAGUAUGGGAAAAAAAAUGAACUCAAUCGAGUCGAGUAAAAAUACAUAAAAGAUGAAAACCACAUCAAUGUUAGGUAUGUCUAAAUCAAUUUAGAUAUUUCAAAAGUGUAAAUAGACAUAAUCUAGUACAUCAUUGAAUAAUAAAAAAGGACUUAGACGCAUAGUAAUUUUUAAGUUCUCAAGUCAAUAUACUUUUAGUACAUGAAAGAACAUAUUUCAGAGAAAAAUAUGUGAAAAGGUCAUUACAAAAUCAUAUGCAAUAAAGAUGCUAGUGAUAUGGUCCAGUGUGUGUUCGCCUUUAGUUUAUUUCUAAGACGUAUACAUAGUUUCGCAUUUAAUUGUAACUAUAACAAUCAAUUCCAUGUACAUUUUGACUUUGUGAUAUUAUUCUUAAUAAAUAUUUCUUUUUGAUAUUUUAUCAGUU